ACCACACACUUGCCAAAUCCAACUUAUUUCCUUGUAAUUAUCCCUCCAAAAAUAUUCAGAAUACCAGCCUUGAAAAACUGUAGAAAGAUACUAUUUUGUCCCUUCAUCUUACUCCCUUUUGGCCAGAUUCUAAUAUUCAUCAUGGGUAUUUCUUUAAAGACGUUGAUCGUUUGACAUGUUACAGAAUCAAAGCUUGAGGUUUAAGUACAUUUAAUGCUAGAAAAGAGUGGAGGUAAAAUGAAAGCAACAACUAACUGUUUGCUUUGCGAAUUUGUAAAAUCAACAAGUGAAAUGAGUGUACUUUUGUAAAGCUAUCUCUCUUUUUUGCAAUAAAGAUCAUGGCUAUGGUUGUGAUUGCUCAAUCAUUUUCAUGGAGGAUGUUGUUCUACAAGAGGGUGUGCACUGCCUACAGCCAUUGAUGUGCCCGUUAAGAGAAAGAAGUUGCUUAUGAUUGAUUGAUUACUUCCAUGAAGAAGACUUGUGAUUGGAUGUUCUCCCAGGAGAUCCCAAGUGAUGUUACAGUAAAUGCAGGAGGUGUUUCAUUUCCAUUACACAAGUUUCCAUUGGUCUCAAAAUGUGGUUAUAUACGGAAAUUGGUGUCUGACCUGAAAGAUGUUGAUCUUUUGGUAGUCGAAAUCCCGGAUGUCCCAGGAGGGUCUGAAGGAUUCGAACUUGCAGCCAAGUUCUGUUAUGGAGUAAACUUCGAAUUAUCCACUGAAAACAUUGCCAUAGUGAGAUGUGUGGCAGAGUUUCUUGAAAUGACGGAGGAUCAUGCAAUCGGAAACCUGGUUUCAAGAUCCGAAGCCUAUUUGAAUGAAGUAGGACUUAAAACCUUGGCUGGCUCCGUUACCAUUUUGCAAUCAUCAACAAAUUUCUUACCGAUGGCCGAGAAAGUGAAGUUGAUCAAUCGUUGUAUAGACACUAUAGCAUUCAUAGUGACCAAAGAAAGCCAAUUUUGUUCUCCGGGUAGUACAGAGGGCAGCAGCACUUUGAUUUCUUCUACUUCAUCAUCAUCAUCAUCAUCGUACCCGAAAGCUGUAGUUGAUUGGUGGGCUGAGGAUCUAAUUGUUCUUAGAAUCGAUAUCUUCCAAAGGGUUCUUCUUGCAAUGAUUUCAAGGGGAUUCAAACAAUAUGCUCUUGGUCCAAUUCUAAUGCUUUAUGCCCAAAAAUGUCUUCGAGGUUUGGAGAUAUUUGGAAACAGCAAGAAAAAGAUCAACCCAGAACAAGAACACGAAAAGCGGAUGGUUCUAGAAACAAUAGUGAGCCUCCUACCAAGGGAAAGGAAUGCAAUGUCGGUCAGCUUUAUCUCAAUGUUGCUUCGAGCUGCCAUAUAUCUUGAAACAACAAUGGCAUGUAGGCUAGAUUUGGAGAAACGAAUGGGAUUACAACUUGGGCAGGCGGUCUUAGAUGAUAUACUGAUUCCUUCUUAUCAUUUUGAUGGGGACACAUUGUUUGAUGUCGAUACUAUACAGCGGGCCCUGAUGAAUUAUCUUGAAUACGAACUGGAAGGCAAUUGCGAUCAUGAAGAGUACGUUUCUUCUCCUCAAAGUGAUAUGGAGAAAGUUGGGAAGUUGAUGGAGAGCUAUCUUGCGGAAAUAGCUUCUGAUCGUAACUUAUUGGUGUCGAAAUUUAUGAAUUUUGCUGAACAUAUUCCAGAGCAAGCAAAGGUAACAGAAGAUGGAAUGUAUAGAGCCAUUGAUAUUUUCUUGAAGGCUCAUCCAACCUUAAGCGAUACGGAAAGAAAGAAAGUUUGCAGCUUAAUGGACUGUCAAAAACUAUCUCGUGGAGCUUGUGCUCACGCGGCCCAAAACGACCGGCUUCCUGUGCAAACUGUAGUUCAAGUUCUUUACUACGAACAACAACGGUUAAGAGAAACCAUGGAUGGUGGUCCAAUAGCGGUCGAACCCACUUCCAAACUAGACUCAUUAACCACCAACCAACCAUUAGACGAUGAGCUCUCACGCUUGAAAAAGGAAAACCAAGACCUCAAAUUCGAGCUUCUGAAGAUGAAAACGCGAUUAAAAGAGGUGGAAAGACCAUCAUCUGCUGAUAAAUCUGCAGUCAACAGCCCAGUUGGUGGCACUCGUUAUUCGGCUGAUAAGCCACCAUUGCCACGAAAAUCGUUCAUAAGUUCCGUGUCGAAAAAGCUGGGGAAACUUACGCCGUUUCUACGUGCUGACGGGAUAUUACCUUCGAGUACUAGAGGCAAAAAUAAGCCAAGUAAAGACCGAAGGCAUUCGAUAUCUUGAUCGGGCGGCUUGACAAGAAGACCGAUACGAUUCGAUCGAUAAUUAUUAUUUUCAUUUUCGUUUUUUAAUGGCUUUGAUGAAUAUAAUUGUGUGAUAUAUGUGUAAAAAUGUUAUAUAUAUCGUAAUUAGGAUUAAAUAUAUGACAUUUGAUGAAG